UCUUCUGGACUUCAGGGAGAAAUGAUGAAACCAAAGGGAAAAAUUCAAAGCAGGUUAAUGAAUUCAUGCUGGUAUUCGUGAAUUCAGAGCAGGGUCUCAUCAGCUCUGUCUUCCCGCUUCUGUUUGCGGAACCAGCACUAAGCAGGAUUCCCCAAGCUGCUUCAUCACUCCCUGCUGUUCUGGGUCCAGGACAUUCUCCGGCCUCACGCCGGACUCCUCGUUCCCCUCUUCUCCGGCUGAGCUGUUCUUUGCCAGCCACUCGGAGAGUCCGACUCUGCGCGCGGCAGGCAGCACCCCUCGGCUCUCACACUCAUCCCGGACUGCGGCGUGGGGAGGGGGUAGGGGAGCCACCAACUCGCGGAAAACUUCCUCUCGGGAGGUGACUGGGGUUUUCUGGCUUCCCCCAGCCCUCCCGCGCGGGGCCACACGGCGCUCGUUAAAGUGGUGCCGCAACUAGAGCAGGUUCUGAGCUGCAGAGACCCGGGGUGCCCGGCUGCAAGGCUUCCCCGGCAAGGACCGGCGCCCUCUGCCACCGAAUGCGCCCAGGACGCGGCCGCCGCCGGCCCGGGGCUGCUGGCGGGGCACGGCCGGUGCGGGCCGACUUUGCGCCACGAUGCUUUGUUUUCCUGCCGCAGGAACCCGAGGCGGUCUCUCUCCACCAGACUUAACCCGCCCGCACCAAUAGCCAUGGAAGUUGCGGCGGCACAGACGGAGAGGGAACCGCUCGGCGCGGCGUCUUUUUUGGAUGUGUUUUCUCUACACAGUCCACUUCUUUCCUUCCUCUUGGGUGGCCGUUCCGGCAGCAGCGCCCCCCGUGUGCCAGCCCAAGGGCGCUGCUAACGGGCACUACGCCGCCCCACGCCUCUCCAUCUCGUCCCGAGCCACGGUCGUCGCCAGGAUGGAAGGUGCCUCCCAGGGGGGCCUGCAGACCGUCAUGAAGUGGAAAACAGUCGUGGCAAUCUUCGUGGUCGUGGUGGUCUACCUCGUCACCGGCGGUCUGGUCUUCCGGGCACUGGAGCAGCCCUUCGAGAGCAGCCAGAAGAAUACCAUCGCUUUGGAGAAGGCGGAAUUCCUGCGGGAUCAUAUCUGCGUGAGCCCCCAGGAGCUGGAGACGCUGAUCCAGCAUGCCCUUGACGCUGACAACGCAGGAGUAAGCCCGAUAGGAAACUCUUCCAACAACAGCAGUCACUGGGACCUUGGAAGUGCCUUUUUCUUUGCUGGGACUGUCAUCACCACCAUAGGGUAUGGGAAUAUUGCUCCAAGCACUGAAGGAGGCAAAAUCUUUUGUAUUUUAUAUGCCAUCUUUGGAAUUCCGCUCUUUGGUUUCUUAUUGGCUGGAAUUGGAGACCAACUUGGAACCAUCUUUGGGAAGAGCAUUGCAAGAGUGGAGAAGGUCUUUCGAAAAAAGCAAGUGAGCCAGACCAAGAUCCGGGUCAUCUCAACCAUCCUGUUCAUCCUGGCCGGCUGCGUUGUAUUUGUGACGAUCCCCGCUGUCAUUUUCAAAUAUAUCGAGGGCUGGACCACCCUGGAGUCCAUUUACUUUGUGGUGGUUACCCUCACCACGGUGGGCUUCGGCGAUUUUGUGGCAGGGGGAAACGCUGGCAUCAAUUACCGGGAGUGGUAUAAGCCCCUAGUGUGGUUUUGGAUCCUUGUUGGCCUUGCCUACUUUGCAGCUGUCCUCAGUAUGAUCGGAGAUUGGCUACGGGUUCUAUCCAAAAAGACAAAAGAAGAGGUGGGUGAGAUCAAGGCGCACGCAGCUGAGUGGAAGGCCAACGUGACGGCCGAGUUCCGGGAGACGCGGCGGCGGCUGAGCGUGGAGAUCCACGACAAGCUGCAGCGGGCGGCCACCAUCCGCAGCAUGGAGCGCCGGCGCCUGGGCCUGGACCAGAGGGCCCACUCGCUGGACAUGCUGUCCCCGGAGAAGCGCUCCGUCUUCGCCGCUCUGGACACUGGCCGCUUCAAGGCCUCGUCCCAGGAAAGCAUCAACAACCGGCCCAACAACCUGCGGCUCAAGGGCUCCGAGCAGCUGAACAAACACGGGCAGGGGGCUUCCGAGGAUAACAUCAUCAACAAGUUCGGGUCCACCUCCAGACUCACCAAGAGGAAAAACAAGGACCUCAAAAAGACCUUGCCCGAGGACGUUCACAAAAUCUACAAGAACUUCCGUAACUACUCCCUGGACGAAGAGAAGAAGGAGGAGGAGACGGAGAAGAUGUGUAACUCGGACCACUCCAGCACCGCCGCGCUCACCGAGUGCAUCCAGCAGCAGGCCGGGGCGGAGAACGGGCUGGUGCCUGCGGACACCAAAGACAGGGACCUCGAGAACAACGCGUUACUUGAAGACAGAAACUAAAUGCUGAGGACCUUGGACUUGACCAAGCGUUGUGGUUUUUUUUUUUUUUUAUUCACCCUGAGACACGUGCCUUAAACAGACUUUCUCGUUAGUCCGAAAUUACAUAGCAUUGAAGAAUAUAUUUCACUGUGCCAUAAACGACGGAGAAAGAUUGCUCUGCCAAAAGGAAUCAAAGAACAAGGACCGCACUUCCGACAGUGACCACAGGACACGCCGGGAGUGUUCGCACACGCAGGAGGUCAUGGCCACAAAAGCUAAGGGCAGGUGUGGCCCGGUGCUGCGCCCCCGGGGGCCGUGCUGCCCGGGCCUGGCAUGGAGAAAGGGCAGCUAUUCCUUAGACCAGCCUUCUGAAAGGAACAGGUGUGUCUUUUACAUGGAGCCUCAUUUCCUGAACCUACCGUUAGAGAUAUGCACACACACAGAAGGGGACCGGAUGGGGGCUGAACUAGUACCUGUAAUGGGGGUUCGAGUUGACAUUGUGGCAUGUUGCUCUGAGCCUGAAUUUUGAUACACAUCAUUCAGUGCAUACCUAGUCUUUCUAAGCUCCAAAUGAAGGUCCCUGGGACCCGGGAGCAUGUGGAAUUUGUGGGAAACAGAUCAGAGCACACAUAUUAAAAGGUGCAAUUGCUUUCCUCAUUACACAAGAAAAAAAGUCACAAAUGCAUCACACUGUGGAUAUCACCUUAACCAAUGACAGAAGCCUAUUGAAUUUUGUCUAUCGACGAAUGACAAAUGAACUCGCAAGCAUUGGCAAAAACUCAACCUCAUUUGCUGCAUGGUUACAGGCAAAAAUCAUGCAUUUUCCUCAGUGGGUGCAGUGGUGAAAAUAAACUGGUUUUGAAAUGCCCAUAUUCACUUUUCUAGUGGAACUUCGGUUAUAACUUGUUUUGAUAAGGGGGAAAAAUACCAAAACGAUUGCCUUGCAUGAUGCCAGUGGCUUGCUGUUCUGUCUAGCUGAUCCUAAAUUUUUAUAAAAAUAGACAUCCUGCAUGUCUGAGACAUACCAAGGAGGACCAUGGCAUCAUUCCAUCUCAGGGCUUUUUGUCCCUUUGGGUGUCUUAAGGUAGACAUAGUGACAAGGUCCAAUCUUGCUAUCUCCAAACAAAAGAAAGAAUCCCCCAACCAACUCUUGUACAAGAAAAUUGAAUUGUUUUAAUUGCUUGCAGCUUAAGUGCCAUUAAUGCCAUUUAAAAACUAAUGCUUAAAAGAAGUAUUUACAACAUUCCACUUUCAUGUUUGGGUGUUUCUUAUUUUGAAAGCAUCACUUCUUUUCCUUGCUUCUUUGUCUCGCACCUGCUAGUCACUAAAGUUGGAACACCAGUGUGAUUGAUCAUUUCAAGGCAAAAAAUAGCCACAGGAUUGUUCCGUGAGGUUAGAAUGGUCAGUGAAGGAAAGUGGGGGAGGGGAUAGUCAUAGGUUUUGAGAAGAUUUUAAAUGGAUUUUUUAAUCAGAAAGGACAAAAUAUGUGCUAGGUUCCCCAUCCUGUGUGUGCCUCAGCCCCUUGCAUAAUUGGCUGGUCAUUGAUGGUUCAGCCUUAGCUGUUGGGACCACACUCUUAAGCAUUUGGACCUGGCAGCCCCAGGAAGUUGCUGGUGAUGGGCGCCACCUUUUGGGGAUUUCACACGAGCAACACACAGAGUGGAUUUAUCAAAAGAUCACAGGACUAGUGGAGACUUCCUGAAAUCAUCUAAUGCUUUCUGACUUCUGGGGAAAAUUAUACCCACCACAUCCUUGGCCACUGGUACCACGGAAGACCUCUUCCUGCCCAUUUCCCAAAACGCCCAGCUCUCCCUCGCCUGGAGCACUUGUAGCUCUGCCUUCCCCUCCCUCAAAUGUUUAGUUAAAAGUUCUGGCAUUGCUUUUGGGAAGGAGCCAAAUCAGAAUCAGCUUUCAUGAGGCUCUUCCUGUCCACGGUAGAUUUGGGUUAAUGCCUCCACUGGGCUGGAGCUGUGGCUCACUGGUGACAUCCUGUGUCCACGUAUUAACAGACACGGAAAGGACGCUUAUCCAGGUGUGGGCGCUGGCUCUUACUGUGAGAGUCCUUCCAGCCUGGCAAAAUGUGUUUUGAUUGGUAGAUUUCUGGGACUUUCUCUAUUCUUCUGACAAGUUAAAAGCUUCCUGAUUAAACUAUCCGUUGAUCUCAUUCAUGUGCGUUUCCGCCCUGUAUUACUCGUUACCUUCUUUAUAGUAGUGUGUUCACAAUUCUAGACCCUACAGACAAAUCUGGCCAAGAGGCUUCCUGGUCAUUUAUCCAGUGGUUUCCGUGGGCCAGGCACGAGAUUCGGCACUUUAUGGGCAUUAGCUCAGUGAAACCUCAUAGCAACACUCCACGGGAAGUGUUUGCAAACCCGUUAUACAGAUGAGGACACGGAGGCUCAGGGAAGCUGAGUAACUUACCCAAUGGCACACGGCAAGAAGGUGGUAGAGCUGGUAUUCAAAGGCUGUCUGACCAAAGUCUGCUUUUGACUUUGCUACAAUGUCCAUGUCGUGCACUCUUGUGUGUGUGUGUGUGUGUGUGUGUGUGUAUCUGUUUGUGUGCAUGUAUGUCUUUCUACUUUCAUGGUCAUGGCGUACAGAGGUGGGGAGAAGAUCUCUGUGACCAAGAGGGUACGAGGUCUUUGUGUAAACAUGACCUAAAGUGUCACCCUACAGACACUUACGCAUUAUUUUGGUUUGGGUUGUGGGAAUGCUGUAUAUGGCGCCCUUUCUGUACUGUUAAAGAUGCCCUUUGAAAGCACUCUUUUGCACUUUACUUGCUUUCCUUGCGGGAACUCCGUAUACAGCAGGAAUAAAACAAUUCAAAGCACUAAGCUGCACAUUCUACCAAAUGGAACAGGUGUUGGUGCGUGCGUAGAUGCUUCCCCAAAGGAGUCAAAUCACAGUAAUACGGAGGGAUCAAAAAAAGCCUUUGGCUGAGAGUGGGGAAAAUAUCCAAUAUAACCUGUUCUCUGAGUACAGAGGGGGCCAAAGCCCUGAGGAACGAAAUCCAAGAAGAGCCCUCCCUCUACGGAGAUUGAUCUAUUAAAUACGUGGGCAGUAUUGGACAAACUAUCGCAUGCUCUCCAACGGAGAAGCUGAGAGGGAAUAAGAGCUUGGCAUCCCCUUCGUGUGUAUAAGCUAAGAUUUGGGGGGAGGCCAGUUGUUAGGAAGUUGUGUGAAUGGUACCCUUUUAAGAUGGGGCCAAAUAGCACGUAGCAAACAGCACGCAGCGAAGCUGCUGCAACUUCUAAACACACGUCAGCACAGCCCUGCCCUUCCAGCCUGUGCCCCCCAUCCCGCCCCACACCUGGAAUCCGUGCUCGGUUUUGCACACGGCAAGAGCACGUGUUCCGUGUCAUCAGUGGGUGGUGCCUUCUGCUUCACCGGGUAAUCGGGUACUGAUUAUUUCUUCCCUAAUAGAUCUGGAGGUUUACUGGGGACAGCCGGGGGACCAUUUGGAGACUGUAGCUCCCUACCCUGUCCCAACCCAACAGUGAACUCUAGGAACUUACCACCUUUGGGGUAGGGCCCUAAUGUGUGUGCGGGUAGGGGUGUCCCUGGCCUACAGGUGAGGCGACUGGGACUAUCUGUCUGCGCUCCCCUGUUCCAGCCUGUGAGCGUGGGCACCUCCGUCCCCGUGCUUCUCUGUUACCUCAUCAUCAUCUCAAGGGACUUGAACAUAGGUAAUCAUCAAGGCCCCUUUGAGUUCUGCAAUUCUCUGACCAAACCUCCCCUGGUCUAUGAGUUGCUAAAUUCACUAAGAGCGGUAUUGGCUGGGUUUGCGAAUACUGACUGAUGGCUCCCUCAUUUUAGGCUAAGAGGAGAGCUUAGUCUCCUGCCCUUUGGGAUUUCUUUUCUGGGUAAUUGAUGGAGACCAGAUGUAUUUGGGAGCCUGGUGUCCAAAUUAGAAUUGUGCCCUGUGUAGGCUCACGCUUUCCUUCCUUACAGUACACUGGCACCCGGAGGGCUCAGGCUACACGGGCAUAUUUUGCAUGGUGUUAAGACUAUUUAAAGAAUUGUAAGCUGUUGCUAUUUGCAGUCAAUUGUGGUAAAGGUUCCCUUUGAUUACUUCAUGAAUUCAUUAUAGACAGAUAUCUGUCACACACACACACACACACACACACAUACACACGUGCACAAGCUGGAAAUGGCUGCUUUGGGUUCUAUGGGGACCAUUCGAUGUUGAAAGUCCUAGUUGUGCUACACAUUAGCAAACCACCCCCUUACCUCCCUCCGAGAGGAUAUCAUUUUCUGGCUGAGUCAAUGCUGCUUCUCUAUUUGUGCGCUUGGUUUUGGGGAUUAGUGAGAAUGUGGCCAGAAUUUGGGGGGGGGCAGAUUUACGCUCAUUGGAUGGGAUAAGAAUGUGGACCAUCCGAUGUAUACCCUGGUUGCCGAGCCAUAGGAAAGGCAUAGGAAAACAAAUGUGCAGAGACUCUCUAAAAAAAUGAGAAAAAGACCAGUAUUGCAUUUCCUGUCUCUGCUUUCUCCAUCCUGCUAAGGUUUCAAGCAGAGGUCUAUUAUUUCUGCUGCAACUGUGGGUAAAAACAGUGGCUGUGUCAGCAGAGGGAGCUUUCAUUGGUAUAGUAUGUAAGAGCUAGUUAGCAGUGGCCUUAAAAAAUAAAAGUGGGAACUCUCUGAAACAAAGGUGACUUUAGUUCGGUAUUGUAGAUGCUGUUAAUUCUACAUAUGGAAACUUUGGAAUAGCAUGUUGAUUACAUGGCUAUAAAGAAAGCCCUGCACUUUGCCCUUGCACGAUGAACCAGCAGCCACCCCUGUGAGCCUCAGUCCACCCCUGGCCGUCCCCAGGUCACAAGACGUCAGCGCGGUGGCAUUGAGGAGAGAAAAGAAGUGUCUCUGAUUUUACAGAAAGUGAUUAUCCUUUUCACAGGUGCCUAAGAGAUUUGAAAUCUACCUUCUGUUAGCGGUUCUUAAAUGAAAAAUCUCAAAUAGUACCCUGUGCAUUAAAAAAAAAAAAUCCUCGAGAGGACUCUGACCCAUCGAUACAGCAGACCAGUGCUACAGAGGGUGAAUUGGAAAACCUCUCUUUUGCCAUCAGGGCGCCAAGCUUGAAGGGAGAAGGUGCAGUCAUGCCUAGAAGCGAUAUGCAAACCGACCCACGUCCCAGACUCCCAGGCAGGGGCCGCAGUGACAACGAUAAGCCCAGAUAAGCCCACGUGUGGAGGUGUUUUACCUGUUUUUCUCUCUGUAGGAUUUCAUGGUGCUUUAAAAACAACAAAAAAAAGGCAUUUUACAGAAAAUAAUGCGGGGUGGGGGGAGGAGGGAAUUUCAUAACGUUCUUAGGAAAAGUACAAGAGCAAAUUGCUUGUAACGUUUCAAUGAGCUCUGCUGCUAUUGUCUUUAUUUGAUGAUGAUGUAACUUUUUUUUUUUCAAUGAUGCAGAAAAUUGCAACAAAGACCUUCUG